AUGGCUCUGGUGGCACCUACUCGGCCUUGUGACGGAUCCAACGGAGCGUGUGGAAGCCGGUCGGCGUCUGGCUUCAGCUCUCGGAGCUCUCCGUCACUGCCGGUACCGUCGCCACGCCCUUUCCCUUCUUCCCCUUCCUCUUUGCUGAUCUUGGGCGCCGUGGCCCUGGCUCCUGUGGAGGUGCUGCAAAGGAGAGCGAAGCACGCCUCUGCACGGCAUCGUCGACGCUGGCGAAGCCAGCAGUCGUACCCACGCCGUUGGGUUCGUGCCUGCUGCGCCAGCUCUCCGAUUGACAGGCUCGAGGAGCUGGAUGCGAAGGGCGAUGGGUUCUUCUCACGGGAGGAAUAUUUGGUGGGACAGAGAAGCCAGCAAAAGAACCGAGAGGCGAUGAAGUCUCAAACGGAUCGAACAGUUUCAUCCAUGGGCCUGGUUCUGGAAAACAAGCUGGAAGAAUUCAAAGGCUACCUGAUGCUCUCAGAAGAAACUGGGCCCUUGCCGUACCGAGUGACAGAAAGUUUUUUCGUCGCUCUGGGCACAUUGUGCUUUGUGACGCGCGUGGUCUCUCCGAACAUCGCAGGCGAUUUCUUUCUGCAGGAAGUCGAGGACUUUGUGAAUGUAUCAUUCUUUGUCAAGUUUAUGCUUCUUUUUUGGACGAACGAGUUCAAAUUAUCUUGGCUGUUCACAGGGAAGGGGGUCCUGGAUAUGGCAAGCAGCUUGCCGGUGCUUUGCAUUCCGGCGAGGCUCAUAGGCGGUCCAGCACUUGAGAGGACAACGGAUUUGCUCCAAAUCGGUAGAUUCCUCCGUUUGCUCCGCGUGGCGCUGCCUUCAGACAGGGAAGCAGGCCCCGGCGGUAUGGUUUUCAGGACUGUUCCAGUCAGCCAGCAGAUCAUAGCGGUCUUGCUCUCCCUGAUUGGCACGGUGGUUGUUUCAGCCACUGUUCUUUAUGCUUUCGAGAACCCAGACACAAGCAUGGAAGUGGCCGAGCGCACGUUCGAAGAUGCUCUCAUCUACAUGGUGAACAUCUUUGCAGGUCGCGAUCCACCUUGGUAUCCCUUGAAUCCACAAGCAAAGAUUGCCUCCGUCUUGGCCACGACAUCAGGGAUCAUUUUCAUUCCCUUCCUUGUGGCACGAUCUGUGGAGCUUUUCAUGAAGAGCGAGGAUGGUGCGAAUGCAAAUGUUAUCAAUCCAGUACAGGUAUCGGCGGCUCCUGGAGGUAGCGAUGUCGGCAGCUGGGCAGAGGUCUUGGAGUGCUUGGAUGUCGUCGAGCAGCAGGGCUUCCUCCAAAACGAGGAGAUGAGGCAGCUCCGCAUGCUUUGCUUGGAGAGGGACGACCGCCUGGGCAUCCUCCACACCUGCUAUGCCAAGCGGACAAAAUGGGCAAAGGAAACGAAGAAUCUGAAGAAUCUGAAGCUUUAUGCUUCUCGCUUGCGCGAACUGCUUGAGAUUGUGAACUGA